GGAACCCAUUCAUUUUGCGCUCACUCGGGAGCGCACCCUGCCGGUCUUUUCUCGAGUGGGCGUUCUCUGUAUUAGACUGUCUGUGGCCCUUAUGUCACUGACGGGCGACGGUGGUAAAGUGUAGGGAAGUGAGUGGCGCUGGGAAAGAGGAGAGAAACCGGGGAGUUUAUCAACAUGGGAGGCAAAAAUAAACAGAGGACGAAGGGGAAUGUUCGGCCAUCCAGCAGUGGCAGAGCAGCUGAAUUACUGGCCCGGGAAAGUGGGGUUGUGCCUGGGUUUGUUGGAUUUGGGAUUUCUACAUCCAAUGAGCCAGGUUAUGUGCCUGCUAUCCAUGGAGCUGAAGAAAUAGACAACAUGGUAGAUGCAGACUUUCGCUUGGUUUUGAGGAAGCUGUCUAAGAGGGAUGCAGUCACAAAACUGAAGGCGGUACAAGAAUUCGGCGCUAUGUGUCAAGAGCGGGAAUCAGACGUAGUAAAAGGUGUUCUUCCCUACUGGCCACGUAUCUACUGCAAAAUAUCAGUGGAUCACGACCGCCGUGUUCGAGAGGCCACACAGCAGGCGUUCGAGCAGCUGAUUCUGAAAGUCAAGCGAAACCUCGCCCCCUACCUGAAAGGUAUAAUGGGCCACUGGCUCAUAGCUCAGUGUGACACAUAUUCCCCUGCUGCCUCUGCUGCGAGCGUCGCCUUCCAGGCUGCAUUUCCUCUCAACAAACAGCCAGAGGCUCUCAGCUUCUGCAGAGAUGAAGUGUUGACUGUUCUCCAAGACAAUCUUCUGAAAGAAACAGCUGAUACUCUCAGCGACCCACAGAGUGUUACAGAGGAAGAGCGAGAAGCAAAAUAUGUGCGUCUGCUCACCAGCUCCCUGCUGGCACUGAAGAGACUGCUGACGGCAUUACCUCAGACAGAUCGGGAGGCUGUGGGCGAAAGGCUUGCUAAUGUUAUCUCACAGAAGAAAUUCUGGAAGUACAGCAAACAUAAAACUCCACAGGUCAGAGGGGCAUUCUUCGAGGCGGUAGCUGCUCUAUGUGAACUUACACCUCAUCUUAUUCAAGCUGAAGCAGCACAAGCUUGUACUACUGUACUCCUCAGCAUUGAUGACUCUGACCCUGUGGUCUUGCCACCACUGUGGGAGGCUGUAUUGCACAUUCUGUCCAGCGUAGAGGACUGUUGGAAGCAUGUAAAUGCAAAGAAAGGGGUACUCCCCAAGCUGUGGGUGCUGCUGAAGGAGGGGGGGCGUGGCCUGGCUACUUCACUACACCCCAACUUGCUCCCCUUCAUCAGCCAACUGCCGGGAGAGGUCACCGAUCCUAAACUGGACUUCUGUAGAACAUUCUUCUCUUCCACCAUACAAGGGUUGUCCAGUGAGCGUGCAGUAGCCAGCCCCUCAGAGUGUGCAGCCAUCGUUUUUGCUAUCAUGGAGUGCCUGCGUUUUCUUCUAAUACAAAAUGCUGGAGAGGAGCUAGAACAUCGCUCCCUACAGACUGCACUUAUUACAGAGCAUCUCCUGCCUUUGAUAGACACAGCUCUAGCAAGCCCUGCUCUGCAGAGUGGCCCUCUGUUCCCACAGAUCACAGAGAUGCUGGUCUCGUGGGAGAAGCGUACGACUGGAAGUGAGCCCAACACCUUCCAGAGGCUCCUGGUAGAUUUCUGGGAUGGUCUGGGCAGGCUUUGUGUACGAUAUGUAGACCAUGAGGAGACAGAACAGGUGGGCCUAGAGGGUGUGGCCUCUCUGCUGCAGAUCAUGCAGAAUCCCUCUGUUCAAGGCAAGCGAAAGAAGAAGGCUGUGAAGAUCUGCAUUGCGGAGCAGGAGUCAAAAGGACAAGGGGAAGAUCCUUCGAGCGGAACUCCAGAAACAGAGCCCUCUGAAAGGCAGGGGAAGCAAGACUCUCCCCUGAGGAGUAGCCACCUGCUGGAACUGGUAUGCCAGCUGGCGGAAUUGAACAUGGUGUAUGUGUGCGAGCGCGACUCAGAGAGGCACCUGCGCUUUCUGGCUCUACUGCUGCACGCCUUCCCAAAGCCGCAGGUGUUUCAGGUGCUGGUAAAGUCAGAAGAUGGGAAGCCUGAGCUGGGACUGGCGGAAGCGGAGCUGGGCACGCUGUCUGAAAACCCGGCUGUAUGCUUCCUCUUACAAAGGGUGGUGGUGUGGCUCCGGCAGGAUGACAGAAAGGACACAGACUUCCUGGUGAACAUGGUGUUCAGUGUUCUGCAGUGUUGCAGUUCCAAAGCCGAGCAGACUCUCGUUCUCAACCACAUCACUAGUGACUUGAAAUGGGGAGUUAUUCUUCAGAUUAUACAGAAGGCGGGUGCUGAUGCUGGCUGUUUUGAGUUGUGUGAGGGCUGGCUGAGGGGCUCAGUGCUGGGUGAGCGCUUGGUGUGCCUGGCAGGUGAGCUGUGUGCCGUGGGAUUGAAAGGAUCGUCUUCGCCCUCCUCCUCCCUCAUGAGCCAACACAACCACAGCUGGCCACUCAUCAGCUUGGCCCUCUCUCAACAGCACAAUAACGAGCCUCUGAUCGGUAAAGUGUAUGUGGAGCAGAUAAUUGAGCGUCUGCAUGCGACACUGUCAGAAGCGAAAGACAUAUCUGAUGCUGGAAAUAUGGAGCCUCUUGUCUCCUUCAUCUCCGAUGUGGCCUCCAACUUUUUCUCAUCUGUAAGAGGAUGUCUACUGCUAGCAGCGACUGAGGAUCUGCUGCUGACCAUCUUUCAGCUGUGUGCUCAAGACCAGACCCUCACACGCCUCUCAGAUGCUCUGCUCCAGAAGUUGAAACUUGCCUACACUGCUGGAGUGCAUUCAUUAGUCACCCAGUUGGGGGCAGGAGUUACGAAGGGGACCUUCCUCCACAGCGCUGCUAUCUGGAUUAAAAACCAACUUCUCACCUCUCCUCUUAAUUUGAAAAGUCUGCAGGUUCUGGUCCAGGCGGUGACGUCCUUGGCUGAAACUUUGGCCUCCUCCCAGCGAAAUGAGUGUCUGCUGUCACAGUUCAUCAACUGUCUCACCCCCACACACAAGGAGUGGGAUAGCCUCAGAAAAGCUCUGCCUCCUCAGUGGGUAAAGCAGCCCUUGCUCUGUGGGCGUCUCCAAGCAAAUGGGGAAUACCCCUCCAUGGACGUGUGGAAGAUGAAGGGCCUGAAUCGUCUCCCUGCACAUCUGUGUGCCAGUGCUGUGCUGGGGAAAAUCAUCUUCAUCGCAAUACCAGCUGAAAACCAGCAGGAGGAGACAGACACCUCAGAACUUCCUGAUCUCAGACAUACGGUUGCAGAAAUUCUGUAUGCUCUGCAGUGGUGUGAGGAGAUGGAGCAUUGCCCUGCCGUGGUGUCUGAAUAUCGCAAAAUGCUCCAAGACUGGAACAUAGCUGAGAAAACCCAUGGCAACAGUUCAGCCAAAGCUGGCGUUCUGGAAACUCUGUUUACAAGGUCACGAGAAGAGGGUGCCCUCUGGUCACUGACUUUGGCAAGCUUUCUCCAGAAUAGCAAACCAGUUGCCAGCGUCGUUAAGAGUCUCUAUGGGAACGUAGAGAGUUUCUACCCUCUUACAGAGCAGAGUGUGAACACUGUUCAGGUGCUGUGUCCCUCUCUGGCAACUGAAGAGCGAGAGGCACUGAUUGCUCUCUCCAUUGCUGAACUGCUCAACUGGCAGGAGAAGGAACAAGACGGUGCCCACAGUGUGUGGGCAUGUCUAGCUGUGCUGCACUGCUGUCUGCAGGCUGAGACUCCUGUGGAGGAGGAGAUACUGCUGGCAGUAAUAGCCACCUUGCUGGAGUGGCGCAACAGCAAAGAAGAGUGGUUCCUUUUUAGCAGUGACCUGGGAAAAGCAUCCGCUGCCGAGCUGGCCUUGCCUGUGGAGAUGAUUCGUUUCCUGUGCUGGAUGGUAGACCAUUCUCCCACAGUUCUUGGCAGCACUAACUGGGACUUCCUCCUCUGCUCCAUGCUGGCUUGGCUGGAGACUGCCAGUGAGUGCAGUGGGGCAUUCUGGAAUCCCUGGGUGCAGCAGUUUGUGUGUGCAAACUGUGAGCUAAUUGUGAGACUUACUGAGUUUUUCACAGCACCACCUGCUGGAGUGGCAGAGCAGCUGCCGCCUGAGCUCAGCACAGAGUGGCAGGAGUUUUUCGUGGAGGGAAUCCACUCUCUGCUGCUGCCUCUUUUAGUUAAGAUUCCUGUGGAGUUCCCUGAGCCAGACGAGCCAGUGUUUCCUCUGGCCGUGGUGGUGGCGGUGGGCGAGGCUCUUGUCUACAUCCCUGUCCAGCUGCUCACAAACAACAAACUCCCGGCCCGGUUUGUUGCAGACCAGAAAAGCAGCCUCCCUGAUGCCCUUCAAACUCUACUCAACACUCUCGCCCCACUGCUGCUGUUUAAGGCCCGGCCACUGCAGUUAGCUGUCUAUCACUUACUGCACAAGGUCAUGCCUCUACUACCAGAAAGCGACCGUGAAAGUGCCACUGCCAAAUCUGAAGAUGAAGAUGAGGAAGAGCCUUGCCUGUCCCCUCCAGCAGCGAUAAUGAGUAUUCUCACGGCCACAGAGGAGCUGUUAGAGAAUAUUCUAGGUGGUGUGCAGGUGGGGGAGUUUGCUGUGGUGCAGCCACUCAGCAUGGAGCACUGUUGCAUCUUGGGAUACCUGCUGGCCUGGAAACUCCUCCUGACCUUCUUCAAGGCUGCACCUUCUCAGCUGCGUGUCCAGUACUCCCUGUAUUUAAAAAAGACCCGUGCUCUGCAUAAGCUGCUGCUUCAUCUUUUCCGGCUCAUGCCAGAGAACCCAAUAUUGCCUGGACAGUCCACAGACACAGCCAGCAAGGACCACAAAAGCUACUUCACUGAGAGCUUGCCCCUCUCCCUGCACCAAAACAAAGAUUUGCAGUGUGAGGUUCCCCACCUGGCCUGCUCUGUGUACUAUGGAGCUUUGAAGGACCUGCCUGCCAUGGUACGACUCUGGUGGAACAGUCAGGAGAAGCGAGUGUUCAGUGCCGUGGACAAGUUCACCAGCAAGUUUGUGAGCAGUGUGCUGUCAUUGCAGGAGAUCUCCUCAGUGCAGUCCAGCACACAGACCUUCGAGAGUAUGACGGUAAAGGCACGCUCUACUACACGAGAGGUGAUAGCCACAUAUUCAGUGGAUGAUAUCUUUAUCGAGUUGGUGAUUCAGCUGCCUCAAAACUACCCUCUGGGCUCAAUCACUGUGGAGAGUGGCCGCAGGGUUGGAGUAGCUGUACAACAGUGGCGCAAUUGGAUGCUUCAGCUGAGCACAUACCUUACGCAUCAGAAUGGCAGCAUUAUGGAAGGACUGUCUCUGUGGAAGAAUAACGUGGAUAAGCGGUUUGAAGGAGUAGAAGACUGCAUGAUCUGCUUCUCCGUCAUCCACGGAUCCAACUAUUCACUGCCUAAAAAGGCUUGCCGCACUUGCAAGAAGAAGUUCCAUUCAGCUUGCCUGUACAAAUGGUUUACAUCAAGCAACAAGUCCACAUGCCCUCUGUGCAGGGAGACCUUUUUCUGAGACCCACAAUCAUGGACUGAUGGACUGAUGGACUAAUGAAGUUGUGGAUGUAGACAAUGAUGAAAACCAAAAUGAAUGAAAAUAUUUAGCUUCUAGAUUUGUACAUAUAAUUUAGUGUAAAUUUCUAAACCUCACUCAAGUGUCUGAUUUGGAGGAAACACCUUUACCUCCCUGUUCCCCCAGUAGGAAUGAGUUUGAUGGCCAUUUUUUGGAUGGUCAGCCAUCCACUAGAACCACAGAGGCCAGAAGUUGUGUAAAAAAGACUUAUCUUUUCUUCCUUUUUGUGGCGUGGAAGAUGCUGCCUUGAUCGUCGUCAACAUAAAAUAUUUGACUCCCUUGAAGACAAGUGGCCGUUUUCAGAUUUUUAAUAUCCUUACUUAUUUCUGUUUAUCAUGCUGGUAACUGGCCUUUCAGUGGCCUUUAAAUGGCUGGUACCUAAUUGCCAAGAUUAGUAGUUGCAUUACUAGAUUGGAUGAGCGAAAUGAGUUAUCUAUUAUAGCAUCCCCGCUGUAAAAUAACCUGUAUUGUCAUUCAAAGGGAACAUAGUUUUUUAAUGGAUAAAUCCAUGUGCUGGUUUCGACUGAAUUAGGCCUGCUUAUCAAAAUGUAUGGCUCUGAUAUACUGUGGACCUUUCAGUGACUUGUGAAGAACUGGCAAUCCUCAUUUUUCUUUUGAAAUGUUUAAAAUUAAAAUCGAAAUCUGUAGUCAAAAGUAAA